CCAUUUCCGAUUGUUACCAUGAGUAAGUCACCAGCACGAAGAACGAAGAUGGAACGCAACGUCACUUUGUUGUGCUGAACGUCUGUUUUGGUGUUCGAUUCCUAUUUUCGUCUUUCUGUAUUGUCUUACGCAACGAUGCCAGGCGACGACAACGAGCGAGAUUGCAUUGUUGCGACGAUUCUCGCUCUGGGAAAGGGCGAAUGGAGCGACGGCGACGUGAUCAUGGAGGGCGAAUCGGAAACCCAAACACAAAGACAAACCCAAACCCAAACAGGAGCAGAAAAAUACCAAGGAAAAUCACAUCGCUCGCACCGAAGGGGCAGCCGCCCGGUCCUGCCCGGUGUGGUGAUCCGAGACGGAAUCCUGUCGUACCGUCCGUUUCGGUCCCUGAAGGUGGUCUUGGUCCGCGGAAGCGCGGCCCGAUCGAAACCGGACCAAGGCGGUGGCUGCGAUCCCUUCCGGAAGGGCUGCGGCUUCCCGGCGGGCCAAAACUACCACGGCGACGCUUCGAGCCUUCACAGCUGCUAUGCCCUGACCUUUUCCACGAACCGGGGGCCCCUGCGGUUCGAGGUGUUCGAGAUGCCCUACCUGCCCCCCCGCCGCCGGAACCACGAAAGCCCCGUGUUCCCGGGCGAAAGAGCUCCCGGCAGUCGGUUCCUCCGGGGCAACCAUCCCGCGACCAAAGACGGCAUCGGCAACGGCAUCGGCAUCGGCUGCGACUACGACUACGACUACGACGCGGUCUACCGGGACGCCGACGGGGUCGUCGUCUCGUGCUUCAUUGCGCGGUUUUUCGAGUUCUGCGACCGAUACGGCUACGACUACGCCUCCUCGAGCAUCCUCGCGGACGUGGUGUCCAGGGCCGGAAGAACGCCGCCGCCGGGAGGAAGGACGAGCGGCAGCGGCACACGGACGCGUCCGCAUCCGCAUCCAAAUCCAUAUCCAAAUCCAUAUCCGCGUCCAAAUCCACCAAAGAACACCACGGUGGUGCUCUGCGGAAACACCACCGACGUGACCUUGGCGGAGGCGAGGCUCUCGUGCGUCGUGGUGCGGGACCAAGCAAGAGCGGCGGAAGCCGACCGGGCCAACCCGACCGGGAGUUUCAUCGACGGCCCGGGGCACCCCUUUGCGUCCCUGGCCCGGGCCGUCACCGGCGACGGGGGCCUCUCGUUUGGAGUCUUCGGGUCGGGUUUGGGUGGGGAACCGGCGACCCCGGAAGGCCGUUCCCGCUCCUCCUUUUGUUCCGGGGAGAACGACGACCGGAUCCAGCACGAGCACGCCCUGCACUGGAACCGGCUGAGGGCGAGGGUGGACUCGUAGCCAGUCGGCCAGCCGGCCGGGUGUGGCACACCGUGGAUCGGAACGGAAUGCUAUCCAAC